CGCAAAAGCGGUUGGCAUCCAUCUUGGCAUCGUCGUUCGCGUAGUCCGCGUAACGAAAUGGUGAAUACGUGCUGCAUUCGGAAUUGCAAGACGAACAAAAUUAAGUCGAGCGAAAUCUCCUUCUUCAAGUUUCCAACGUCCGAGAGACUCCGGAAGGUAUGGGAGGACCGUGUGGGCCCCAAGGGCUUCAAAGCGGACGCCAAUACGCUUCUGUGCUCCCGACAUUUUGUCAAGGGUCGUGUUCACACUUUGGGAGAUCGUCGGGUCCUCCUGAAAAAUUCGAUACCUACGCAAUGUCUAGGCAACGGAGACGUCGAAAUGGACGCGUGUGUUGCAGACACCGAGGAGCCUAAGGACACCGGAAAAAAGAGCGGGUACAAGUGCCUCGUCUGCCACGAGAUGGUGCACCGCAUGUAUGAGUUCCUCACGGAUGCCCACGCGCACCGCUGCUUCUCGCAGCGCCAGCUCAUCUGCGGCCACUGCCUGGUCGGGUUCCCCAACUUCAGCGACCUCAUGUCCCACGUGACGCAGAUCGGAGCGGAUCGCCGCUACGUGCCCGAGGCGUCCGCAUCGCCCGGCGUCAAGAUCUCGAAUUACACCCGCUUUCCGUGCUCCCUCUGCUCCGCCUACUUCACCUCUAGCUCCGCACGAGACGUCCACGAGGCGCGUCACGCGAGGAAGAACGUGCCCGUGCCGGUGCCGACUCCGCAGUCCAUGGAAGUUCGGAGUGCGGAAGGGGCCAGAGCGCAGGCAGGUGGAGAGCAGACAACACAGAACGGCGCCCAGCGAAAGCCGCCCGGCAUUGCACCCAGCAGGAGGGAGCUCUCUCAUUACGCCACGACUGUCGUCUGCAGCCUGUGUAAUUAUUCGUUCGUGAACCUGCGCAGGCUGGACGAACACUACCGGUCGUGUCACGGGGCCGCGCCACUUCCGUUGGACCUCGUCUUUGAGGAAGACUUCGAGUACACCCUGCGGCCAGAGACGCUGUGCUCGGUGUGCGUUAAGCGGAGAUCCUGCGUCGACACGAUUCAGCGGUUGCUUGAGGAGGCGACCAAGGACGGCAUCUGAUGUGGCGAGACCUUUUCCGCAACAGUUUUUUUGUGCGUGCUAAGGGACACCUUGUAGUGAAUCCUUCCAUUCAUGGGCCGUUUUCCAGCGUCUGAAAGCCUAUGUGUCUAGCGUCUUUAUACUUGGCAUCAACUCUUGUGUGCCACAUUGUGGAGGCUGGCAUAGCUUCUGCAGCGCUUUGACCCCACACUGCUGCGAGAGCAUGUGUUUUCGUGUUCUUUCUCAUUUGCAGCUGAGAGUGACUGUUGGACUACUGCGUAAGGUAUGCUAGCCUUGGCAACAUAGUGUAAAAGAGUUGACACCGAGUAUGGUUCUCGGAAGAAAUUAAGUCACUGCCAAACAUUGGCCAUAACCUGGUGUAAAAAGAUAUACAUAUCGAGGAAGCGCAGUGUUGUUGGUCUGCAUAGUGAUGGUACCGAGGAAAAACGGAACUAAGCGGUCUUGCAGUUCUUUUCGCGAUUCUUUUGGAGACAUUUAUGAAAAAUCACGGUUUGCUUUUAAAUUUUUAUUUGAUGGCCAACCUUUUCGUCCUAGAAUUGGGCAUGCAGUUAUUGUGCAUAACAUUUGAUUCCUUGCACAAUUUCAGAGGUGUGAAGAUCGCUGAAUUUUUAGGGUGUGGCACAUUGUUUCGGUGGUUGCGGAUCCGCAGUCAAAAACUGCUCGGCGGAAGUACUGAUCCGGUUGCGGAACAUUGCUAGCCGCUCGCAGCUAUUCGACACCAAGCGUUGCGGAAGUGUGUGUUGAAACAACGCACGGUGCUUGUCAGAGAAGUAUGCUGUGGCUUGUGCGAGCAAACAGAUUUUUGUGCUGUGAUCCAGGAUGCUUCCGGAAUGAGGAUUAAAAUGACAACGCCCCACCAACAUGCUGGCAUUUUUAAUAGAACAAGUACACUGUCAUUCCCGUUGCCCUAUUUACCCAGGAAUUAACCAAGUUCAACAUGUCUCUAAAAACAAUCAGUUAAUAUGACGAUUUUAUUACAAAACUCCGGCAAAUACUUGUCUUUUAAUGGUGAUAUCUUUUGGAAGCCGAGAAUCCCGAGCUCGGAGCUUUAUCUUUAGCAGUUGCUCCUGCUCUUUGAGAGUUUGCAGAGCCGAAAUGCAUCCUUCUGCAUAUGGCUUGCGCUUGCAGCCUAGUGGCGUAAUUGUUGUUCCUUACAAAAAGCUGGGAAACAAAAUAUAAAGUGAAACAAAGUGCAAAUGAAUACAGAUAGUGUAAACUAUCUGUGUUCAUUUGCAGGGCUACUUUUUGAGCGAAAAGUAAUCGACGAGAUGAGAUCACGAUGGCGCGUGCCAUCUUUAGCGCUGAAGACACGGUAACCUGGACUCGUAGCCAGUUGCGUGCGGGACGCAUACCAGCGAGUUACGGGCCGCAUGUUUGAGAUCCCUGGUGUAGGCAAGCGGGUCUUUCAUGUUGUGGGAGACUUAAGUGCCGUGAGCAUAUCGUCGAGCCACCCCCCAAGCACCUUGAUAGAGUAAGCCGUGUACCACAGUUACGACGGCGAUUGCAGGUGCAGCGACGGAUUCGCUCGGUCAGAUUGGUGUCUUGCAACGCCUGUACUGUUGUGAAGCAUCAUCGCAGGUAUAAAACUGUUCAUAACACGCACCUCUCGGAUCUGUAUUUGACACCCUCGCAUGUGGCUGUAAAUAAAUCCCCUUGCGGGCAAGUACAAAAUAUGCCGCUUUCCCUCUUUAUCGUGGCAAAGGUCGUGGGA